AUGCGCCACAGCCUGGCCCAGCUCUUAGCGGCCUCGUCGGGGCAGGGAAAGCCCGGAGAGCCGGCCGCGGCCUGCUCGUUUCCAAGCCCGGCGGCCGAGCGGCGGACCGAAGAGGAGACCGAAGCGGCAGCCGCGAUGGCGGCCGAGGACUCCCUGGAGGAGCCGGACGAGGGCGAGCUGCUCUUCCCGGCGGGGCUGGAGCUGGACGCCUGGCUGGAGGCGGCGGUGGUGGGCGGCGGCGGCGGCGGCGGCGAGGCCUCUUCUCCUCCGACCUGGGGCGGGGCGAGUCCGCCGGCCGAGGAGGCGUCGGCGUCGCGGCCUUCGAGCUCGUCUUCUUCUUCUAGGCCGGCGCGGCCGGGCAGCAACCGUCUGAAGGCGGCGGCGGCGGCGCGUCUGAACCGGCAGAAGAAGAAGCUCUACGUGCAGGGCCUGGAGACGCGCCUGCAAGGCCUGGCCGCCGAGAACCGGCAGCUGCGCGACCGCAACCGCGGCCUCUGCCGCCGCCUGCGCGACCUGGAGCGGGAGACGGGCUACUUGAGGGCCGUGCUGGCCAACCAGAGCGCCUUGGGCCGCCUGCUCGGCCGCCUGGCCGGCGACGGAGCCGGCAGCCUGGGCCUCCGCAUGAGGGUCAGCACCAGCCUCUUCCAGGAGACGGCGGCGGCGGCCGGAGCCUGCGGCGAGACCGGCGACCACGACUACGCGCUCCCGGUCCGGGCGGAAGACCCGGCGGAGGAGAAGCUGCGCCCGUCGUCCGGCGGCCCCGGCGGCGUUUGCCUCCACGUGGACCGCGACCACCUUUCGGUGGAGUUUUGCUCUCUCUGCUCCAAGCGGGCGGCCAGCUCGGAGACUUGGGCGGCCGCUCCUCUUCUUCCUCCUGCUGCUGCUGCCCCCUCCUUCAUCUCCAAAAUUUUCUCUUUUAGGUGCUUGCCCUGCCAGGCUUCGUUGUGUAGGGGUUAAAAGAACAGUCGUUUGCCACCUCGCAACCUGGUAAGGAUCCAUAAUAUUCCCAUAAUGUGGUAUCGGACAGUUUGCAUUGGUACUUAGCCUG